AUGGCAAAUGGCCAAGCUGAAGUGUUGAAUAGGGAAAUGAAAGGUAUCUUAGAAAAGACAGUAAAUACGUCAAGGAAGGAUUGGUCGAAGAAGCUCGAUGAUUCACUUUGGGCUUAUCGCACUAAAUUUAAAACUCUGAUUGCUUAUGAGAAUGCAAGGAUCUAUAAAGAGAUGUCAAAGGCCUUUCAUGAUAAGAGAAUACUGAGGAAGGAUUUUCAACCAGGAGAUAAAGUUCUGCUAUUUAAUUCCAGACUUAAGGGUUUUCCUGGUAAUUUGAAGUCAAGAUGGUCAGGACCAUACACGGUAGUUGCGUCACUUCCUUAUGGAGAAGUGCAAGUUCAUAGUGAGAAGACGGGAGAUUUUAAGGUGAAUGGUCAGAGGUUGAAGUAUUAUUUGGAAGGUCCAGUGGAAAAAUGCAAGUCCGUGAUGAUUUUGGAACCCCUUUGA